ACCACCCGACACCCCAAAAACCCAGAAGGAGACACCCGAGGACACCCCCCGAAAACCCCCGACGGAAGCCAUGGAGGAAAAAGGCCGGAAAAGCGAGGAAAAGGGGGAUCCCCCCGGGAAAAAGGAGGAGGGAGAAGGGGGGACGGCGGCGCCGUGGCCUUGAAGAAGGAAAUCGGACUGCUCAGCGCCUGCGGCAUCAUUGUGGGGAACAUCAUCGGGUCGGGGAUCUUCGUGUCGCCGCGGGGCGUGCUGGAGAACGCGGGCGCCGUGGGGCUGGCGCUGGUGGUGUGGGGCGCGACGGGCGCCAUCACGGCCGUGGGGGCCCUGUGCUACGCCGAGCUGGGGGUCGCCAUCCCGCGCUCGGGGGGCGACUACGCCUACGUGACCCACAUCUUCGGGGGGCUGGCGGGGUUCCUGCGGCUGUGGAUCGCGGUGCUGGUGAUUUACCCCACCAACCAGGCCGUCAUCGCCCUCACCUUCGCCCACUACGCUCUGCGCCCGCUGCUGCCCUGCGACGCCCCCGAGCCCGCCCUGCGCCUGCUGGCCGCCGCCUGCCUGCUGCUGCUCACCUGGGUGAACUGUGCGAGCGUGCGCUGGGCCACGCGGGUUCAGGACGUGUUCACGGCGGGGAAGCUGCUGGCGCUCGCCCUCAUCAUCGGCACCGGGCUCGUCCGCAUCUGCCAGGGUCACCACUCGUGGCUGUCGCCGUCGCGGGCGUUCUGGUUUUGGGGCGCGGGGCCGUCGGGGGGCUCCUUGGCCCUCGCCUGCCUCCAGGGAUCCUUCGCCUACGGAGGAUGGAACUUCCUCAACUACGUCACCGAAGAGUUGGUGGAGCCGCACCGGAACCUGCCCCGCGCCAUCUUCAUCUCCAUCCCUCUCGUCACCUUCAUCUACGUCUUCGCCAACGUCGCCUACGUCACCGCCCUCAGCCCCCACGAACUCCUCCAGUCCAGCGCCGUGGCCGUGUCGUUCGGGGAGCGGGCGCUGGGCGCCAUGGCGUGGGUGAUGCCGCUCGCCGUCGCCCUCUCCACCUUCGGCGGAGUCAAUGGGUCCCUCUUCACCUGCUCACGUCUGUUCUACGCUGGUGCUCGUGAGCGGCACCUCCCGUCGCUGCUGGCCAUGAUCCACGUGCGGAGGAGGACCCCCAUCCCCGCCCUGGCCGUCACCUGCGUGUCGACGCUGCUGAUGCUGGUGACGGGGGACAUCGAGACGCUCAUUAAUUACGUGGGGUUCGUUAAUUACCUGUGGUACGGGGUGACGGUGGCGGGGCUGGUGGUGCUGCGGCGCCGGGCGACCGCGCGGCACAGCCUGCAGGUGCCGCUGGUUUUCCCGGCGCUCUUCUUACUGGUUUGGGCGGCGCUGCUGCUGUUCUCGCUGUGGUCGGAGCCGCUGCCGUGCGGCUUGGGCCUCGCCGUCAUGGCCACCGGGGCCCCCCUUUACCUGCUGGGGGUGCGCGGGGGCACCCGCCUGCCCGCCCUGCGCAGGGCCCUCGACUCUCUGACGCUCUUCGGGCAGCGCCUCUGUCUCGUCGUUUACCCCCACAGUGACUCUCCUGCGCCCCAUAGCGACGCCCCCGCGCCCCACGGCAAAGCCCCCCGCCCCAUAGCGACCCCCGGCAGCCCCUCACCUCUCAGCCCCACAACUGACCUCCCCCCCCCAACCCCUCCCAGCCCCACACCUGAGCCCCGUGGGGCUGCCCCACACCUUCCCCCCUCAGUGCCUUCUCCUGCCCCAUAGCGCAGCCCCAGUGCCUUACAGCCUGCCCCAUAGCGAGGGGGCCUGCCCCAUAGGAAACCUCCCUGCCCCAUAGCGUGCCUGCCCCAUAGCAAAGGGCCUCUGCCCCAUAGCGGAGUCGCCUGCCCCACAUCGGUUUCACCCCCCAAGUGACCCCCCAGGUGAGAGUGUGACCCACAGCCUGCCCCACACAUCGUCCUCCUGCCCCACAGAUGGUCCUCCUGCCCCACAGCCCCCCCUCUCUGACCCACAGAUCCCCUCGCCGUGGGUCGCGCCCCCUCGCCGUGGGGCAGGGCUGCUCCCGACAAUCAAGGAUUCAAUAAACGUGGGUGCCCGCA